UCAUAUCCGUGCUUUCUCUUUCCUCCUUCCUAAAAUCCUAUUAAAACAUUCAACAUUCACCACAGCUGAGAAUUAGUGAUGAACUUUUACAUAGAAUUCAGAAAAUUCAGUACAAAUUUAAAAUUUAAUCACUAUUAUGUAUCAACACUUACAUUUUUACAGAUUUAAGUAAAUAGACGCUGAAUAAUUGAACACUAAUUUGCAAUGCAAAGAAAUAAAAAUUUUAAGAGAAAACAGAUAUUAAGGGAGGGUAGGAACCAAGGAAAAAUUGGCAAAAAACCCACAAGUUGUGAAUUCGCCCUUGUCGGCGCCUUCCUCAUUGUAAUUUUAUUGUUGGGUGGACAUUUUGUAACACAUUUUGCAAGUACUAAUGAAGAACAAGGACCAUAUAAAAUUAAGGCGAGCCACAUUUUUGAGUCCCAAUUUAAAGUGGUGGACGCUCUGGUGACAGAAAUUAUAAUUCUACAAAUGGCUUAUGAAAACGAUCCGUUCAGGAUAUUUAUCAAAUCGGGGCUUACCCCAAUUCAGGAUCGGCUGAGCAGUUUGCGAGCACAAUUACAACAGUAUGAAAAAAUGCAUGACAAGAUACCAGGCGGACCAGAAAAUUUCAUUGCAACAUCAUUCGCCCAACUGGAUGAAGUGCAGGAGGAAUUAGAAGGUCUAGAAUCUGUGCUUUCCGGAUUUAUAGUCGCCCAACGCAACCAAACCGACGAGUUAGAAGAAGCACUGUACGAUUUUGUCCAGAUUCUUCAAAAUACUGAAGCCAUAGAUUCGCUCCGAUCCGAAGGAAUUGAUGUUACCACGUGGAACUCUGCUUUAUAUCUAAUCGACCACCAAUACAACCACGUGUCCAAUCCGAAUGAAAAUACUGACCUUUUACUCCGAGAUUUAAUUAAUUUGCGCGACUUGCUAAUAUUUUACACGAACGGAUUUAAAACCAGAGAAGACAUGAACCUCUUCUAUCUCUCGGAGUACAACACAGUUCUCGAGAUGAAGCAGGAACAAGGCGGUGGGGAAAUUUUACUCGUGGACGAAAGCGAUAUUGACGAUCGCGUAUUUUUAGACAAUAUAAAAACGCAAGAUCCCACCUUUUACGAAGCCCUGACAGCGUCUGAGGAUGGAAAACGUGCUAGAAAACCGUGGGAUGAUUUUGUAAAGGACAGACAAAAGUUAAAUGACCAAGAUGAAAUUAUGAAAAAUAGUAGUUCUUACGUGACAGAAGGGUUUAUCAAAAUAUGGCAGUAUGAAAAUAUGCUCACUCAUACGCCUCGAGUAGAUGAAUUUUUGGAUUUGAAAAUCAUGAUGGAAAACGAUAUUGAUGAUUUGAAAGCGAGGUUGGGGUCUUUACGAUACAAAUUUGUUAAAUUAAAACCAGAAAAGAAUCAGUUUCAUGGCGAGGUAAAUAUCCAAACGAAGAUGAGAUAUGUUUCAUUUAUAACGUAAAUUUUUUUGUACUUAUAUAUUUGUUGCAUAAACAGAUUUUUGGAUUCUGUGUUUUGUAGUUAUUAAAUUGAUGUGAAAUAUACAGUUUCGACCUAUUUAGAUAUUUUGAAAAUGCAUUUGUAUGAGUUCAGAAAAAAUUC